AUGACGUUAAUCAUUCAUCAACUUUCACCCAACAACGAAGCAGACCUGGCAUUGAUUCCUGCCAUUGCCCGAAUUCACCUCGCGGCAUGGUUGACCAACGGCCUCUACAGGACAAUCUAUUACGGUCCACCUUCUAGUUACCCCGCCAUCAACGAAUAUAAUGAAAAACGACACCUCCAGAGUCUAAAGAAGGACCCUACAGCUAGACUUGCCGUUGUGUGGGAUGACACGGUGCGGGAGAAGGACAGGGACGGUGCCGGUGCCGGUGCGAGUACGAGUACAGACGGUGAUCGUCAACCCUCACCGGAUCAAAUCAUCGCCUGGACAAAGUACAACAUCUUCACGACGGCCGAAGGGGCCGAAGAGCGCACGGACACCGGGGAGAGGUUGGAGUGGCCGGCGUACACCAAUCUGGCGCUGGUGACGGGGUUCUGGGAAGCUUUGGUGAAAUCCCGAGAACAAAACAAUCAGGACAUCGGAGCCCACGUGAGUGUCGACCAACUCGCCACGGACCCGGCACACCACAGGCGCGGAGCGGGGAGGAUGUUGAUGCAACACGUCGCGGCACAGGCGGACGCCCUGAACUUGCCAGUCACUCUGGAGGCGAGUCCUCAGGGGAUGAAUGUCUACAGGUCGGUCGGCUUCGAGCCUCACCAUGAAUUUUGGGUGGAUCUGGCACGGUUCGAGGACGGAGGCGACAAAGGUGAAGAAUGGACAGAACAACGAGGCAGAAGGGAAGGACAAGGGGAAGGGUGGUACAAAGAGGUCGCCAUGGUGAGGGCGGCACCUACCACGAAGUAG